CCCGAAGGUUUGACGAAGCAGCUCUGAUUUGUUUGGAUGCCCCGAUCGCAUGGCCUCUGUACCUUCUCCUUAUCAGACGCACAUUCCUCUCCCCUCGCUCUCUGAUGAGACGCCCCUAAAACAUGAAGCUCAUUUAUCCGAAGUUCCUGUUCACAUCGUUACUCAUGCCUCUCAACUUCCCCCUGAGUUUCUGCACCCGUCAUCUGAAAGGCAGUUGGUCAUUGGUUUCGAUUGCGAGGGAGUUGAUCUGUGUCGCCAUGGAACACUCUGUAUAAUGCAGCUUGCAUUUCCAGAUGCUAUAUAUUUGGUCGACGCCAUUCAGGGUGGAGAAAUGCUUGUGAAAGCAUGUAAGCCUGCACUUGAGUCUAGUUACAUCACAAAAGUCAUUCACGAUUGCAAACGAGAUAGUGAGGCCCUGUAUUUCCAGUUUGGCAUCAAAUUGAACAAUGUUAUGGAUACACAGAUUGCUUUUUCCUUGAUAGAGGAGCAGGAAGGGCGACUGCGUUCUCCAGAUGAUUACAUAUCGUUUGUCAGCCUCCUUGCAGAUCCACGUUAUUGUGGCAUAUCUUAUCUUGAGAAGGAAGAAGUCCGUGUUCUCUUAAGGCAGGACCCCAAGUUUUGGACAUACAGGCCAUUAUCUGAGCUGAUGGUCCGCGCUGCUGCCGAUGAUGUCCGCUUUCUUCUCUACAUCUAUCACAAGAUGACAGCCAAAUUGAAUCAACGAACAUUGUGGUAUCUUGAAGUUCGUGGUGCUCUUUAUUGUAGAUGUUUUUGCGUCAACAACAAUGACUAUGCUGACUGGCCAUCUCUUCCUCCUGUUCCAGAUAGCCUAAUGAUGGACGGCAAUGCUCCGGAGGAAGAAAUUCUAUCUGUUCUCGAUGUUCCUCCAGGAAAGAUGGGAUGUGUUAUUGGGAGAAGAGGAGCCACCAUUUUGUCAAUUAAAGAAUCUUGCAAUGCUGAAAUUCUCAUCGGAGGUUCCAAGGGUCCACCUGACAAGGUAUUUAUUAUAGGACCCGUAAGGCAGGUGAGGAAAGCAGAAGCCAUGUUAAGAGGAAGGAUGCUGGAUAUAUACUAAGAGACAGGCGUCGGUGUGCUUCUCAUCUCUUUAAUAGAACUCUUCACAGUAGAUUUUACAAAUUCUGAUAAAUGGAUUUUGCUGCUUUUGUUCAUGUUUCGUUGGGGCCAAGGGGUGGCGGUGAAGAAUAAAUAAAAGGGUUUGCUACUAUAUUCAGGCC